AUGUGGGAUGAACAGAGUGUCAAUCCAACAAAAAUCAUUUCCGGUAAUUUUAAUCAACCGGGUUCUUUCUUCGUGACAUCAAAUGGUGAUAUUUAUGUUGAUGAUGGCUGGAUGAAACGUCGAGUGCAGAAAUGGAGUGCAGAAACAAAUAACUUUACCACAGUGAUGAAUGUCAACUCAUCAUGUGAUGGUAUGUUUGUCGAUAUCAAUGAUACUCUUUACUGUUCAAUGCAUGAUCAUCAUCAAGUAUUGAAAAGAUCAUUACAUGAUGCUGUUAUAACUUCAAAUCGUGUUGCUGCUGGAACAGGUAUUGAAGGAUCAGCCUCGAAUCAACUUAAUAGUCCUCAUGGAAUCUUUGUCGAUGUGAAUAUGGAUUUAUAUGUGACAGAUUGUCGAAAUAAUCGAGUUCAGUUGUUCCAGUCGGGAAAACCAAAUGGCAUCACAGUGGCUGGAAAUACAUCAAUAAAUCCAACAAUUACACUUUUUUGUCCUACUGGAAUUGUCUUAGAUGCUGAGAAGUACUUAUUCAUUGUGGAUCGACGCAAUCAUCGAAUUGUUGGUUCAGGCUUGAAUGGUUUUCGAUGUUUAGUUGGAUGUUAUGGAAUAGGUUCACAAUCCAAUCAAUUGGAUAAUCCAUUUAGUUUUAGUUUCGAUCAUUCUGGAAACAUGAUUGUUACUGAUCAAGAGAAUGAUCGAAUUCAAAAAUUUCAAUAUUUCGAAGAAUCAUGUGUUACUCAGAGAAAAUUAAAAAGAAAACCUAUCUUAGAAGCUGAAAAUGAAACUCCUGAUGGAUUGAAAACUGAAUUAUUGAUCGGUAACAUUAUCGCCAUGUUAGUUGCAUGA